GAGACAUCCUGAGCAGGGCACAGAGAGAAAAGACAGCAGGCAGACGACUCGGAUGUGGUUCCCAUUUAUCUUUUAAGUACCUGGGAUUUUCAGCUUCUGUGUGUUUUCUCUCAUUCACACUUCUAAUGGGAGAUUCCUGCUGCUGCUGGAUCACAUCACAUAUGAGGGAAGCACCAGGGUCAGGAGGGAAAGAGGAGUGAAAGAGAGACAGAGGGAGAGAGAGUCAGAGGGAGUUUUGCUGCUGAAGUGAGAGCAGAGUUAGUAAGAAGCAGAAAAUGGGACCGGUCGCCACCUCGCUCGCUCUCCUGUGUUUAUAUUCUCUGGGAGUGUGUGUUCCUUCAGGGACAGCCAACGCUUCGCCGACACAGGCAUCCCCGCCAGAGGUGAAAAAGACGAGAGGGGACGUUCCUGAUAUUCUUCCAGAGCCUGAGCCAGAGCCAACCAGCCCAGUGUCAGACUAUGAGAACUCAUACAACUAUGUCUUGUCCAGAUUAGCAGGUAUGGACCAGGCCAUACACAAGCUGAAUGUUGGUCACUACACACUGGAUGUUAAAGUCAGCCAGUUGAUGGACCGUCUGAUCAGGAUGGAUGCUAAAGUUGGGGAGCUGGAGGACAAUAUUCGGGAGGUCUACCAGCACAGCAAGGACAACCGCAAGGAGAUAGGAAGACUUGAAGCUUGCCAGAAGGGACACCGGAUGGGAUACAAAUGUUAUCUUGUGUACAAUAGCCAUGAGGACUACGCUGGAGCAUCCAGGAAGUGCAUGGAACGUGGUGGCCGCAUGGCAAUGCCCCGCGACCGCAGGGAGCAGGAGGCCCUCGCCGACUACGUCAAGUCGUUCUUCCACCCGGGGAACUGGCCCGUCUGGCUGGGCAUCAACGACCUGCGAUCCGAGGGCAUGUACCUCUUCGACGACGGGACGCGGGUCUCAUACUUUCAGUGGCGCAAACACUUCCUGUCCAGCCAGCCGGACGGAGGUAAACGGGAGAACUGCGUGGCGAUGUCGUCAGACGAUGGCGACUGGUGGGACCACUACUGCGAUCGGACCAUGAACUAUCUGUGCGAGUUUGAUGACAGGGUGGCACUUUAAAAGGAACUCUUUUCUAGAUUUACUCUCUCACAACAUUGACAUCCAGAUCAUUAGAAAUAAAAGUCCAUUAUAUUUUCAAAUAACUUAUUGCCCCUUUAAAUGACACUUCAACGUAACCGGACUGGUUGUAUUCAAACGGUGAGGAAGUCUUAAAUUCUCCAUAUAAAACCUGAUGUGAUAAAUAUCAAGUAUAAUUUCAUUUCUGUAUGUAGCAUUGUUUAAACAGUAUCAGUAUAUUUUAGUUUUUCAAGGUGGAACAUACGUCCCCAAUGCGCACAAACUCACGUAUUGCUAUUCAGGUUACUGAAUACAACUACAUCAACUUAUGUUAGUACCAUAAAUAUUAUGUUAUUCAUGCAGCUGCAGUGAUACGAAUGUAAACCAGUCAGGGCUCUGCUGUGAUUUCACGCCUGGAAUUCUAAAUAUUUGUCCAAAGUUUCCAAAAAAGGGAAAACAUGCAAAGCUGGAGGCCCUUUCUUCAGAAUCAGCACAUACUGAACCUCUUGAAGAUAUAAAUCAACAUGUGUUUGGGCUUCACAGGAAUUAGGCAAUGUUUCUCCGUUACUCCUGAGCUCUGAAGAUAUUUUAACAAAGUCUGGUACUGGCUGGGAUUGCCCUGCUAAGCUGCUGAUUCUUCAACAUCGCCGACCAAAACAUUUUAGAGCUGUAGACGCAGUCCUGAAUCUCCUUUCACACACCUAAAUGACACAUGAUUACUGUAUGUAAAUGUAUUCUGUCCUACAGUAUGUAAAACAUGAAAGUUGUACAUAAAAGGCUGAAUGUAAAUGUUUUUCAUAAAUCUUGAUGGGAUUUUCAGCAUCAUUUUCUGAUCAGUCAAAGAAAAAUUUGCCUCUGACUGGUUAUUGUUUGAAACCUUUCAAUACAAUGCUGAUACCAAACUUAUUUCUGACACCUUACUUUGACUAAUAUGGACAUAUUUUUCUACAGAAAAUUUUCUGAUUAAACAAAAGACACCAAAGUCCUAAAAUGUCUGAAUAUGAUGAAACAGCAGACAACCCAGAAGGCUAAUUUUUAUUUUUCUAAGAUGGCGAAGGCAUGACCUGCCCUACUUCGCAGGUUGGGUUGGUUAACACACAAGGAGUGAAAUUAGUUAGGGUAAUGAAACAGACUGUCAAGGGAGGCCAAUCAAGGGCAGAUUAAGGCAAAGUAGGGCGGGUCAUGCCUUUACUGUCCUAGGAAAAAAAACAUUUGCAGCCAGAAAGAGACAUAGGUUAAAAAAAAAAAAAAAAAGAAAAAAAAAAGAAGAAAAAAAAAGUACAAAACUUUUUCCAGGUUGAAAACAUCAACAACAAAAAAAAGGUCAAUGUACUUCCAGGUCAUUUUGGCACCAUGGAAACAACCAAAACAACGGAGCACAAACACCCUGGGAGAGGUUUACAGAAUUCUAUUUUGAGAUUAGCCUCAAUCAAGACUUAAAUCAGUGCUAUGCAAGUAGGCACGAUUUUUACACAAGUGAGAGACAUCUGAAGAGAAUAGUUGGUGCAAGGGGACACUCGUCACAAAGUAUACUCUGACCUGGCAGCGAUGAAACCAUGCCCAAUUCUGCAUGACAAAACCCUCAGCGUGCUUACACUGGUCCACUGACAUGUACAGUCGCUUAGAAAAUAGCAUUAUGGGGCACUGAAUUUAAAUUUAAUGUUUAUCAGAGCACAAAUGAGACAAGAAUUAGCUAGAGAGCAGGCAGCAGCUUCGCAGAUGGAUUUUCAGUCAGUGACUGUGGCAGCUUGUAUUCAGCCAUCACAAACCCCAGCGGCAGGUGUGUGCUCCUGGACCAGAUCUAAUUCCCACUGCAUCCACAAACUUUGUGCUGCUGCCGUUACACAGGCUCGACCCAGUGCUGCUGCUGCUGGCCACUGGCCUGUGGGUAUAGCAACUCAAAUUCAGCCAGCACAAAUCCCAACACCAGGGGUCACAGUCGGCUAGUGGCCAUCAUCAGUGCUGAAUUUACCCGGUGUAAUGGCAGCAACAGAAACUUUGCUUAUCGAUGAUGCCCAGGAUCAGACUGACAUUUGUGCUGACUGAUAUCAAGAUAUCAAGUUGCUGCUGACUGAAGGUCCAUCUCCAGAGCAGCCGCCCACUCCAAGGUAGUCUCCUUGUGGCGGGGAGUGAGGCGGAGGGACCGCUGGGUGCACUUUCACAAAAGAU